AUGUGCGCUAAUCGAAUAUCUCGUCGCGCAAGCAUAGAAGAAUUACUUUCAUCGUUUCAACGUGAAUUUAACUUAAAUCCAUCACGACCUUUGUUUAAAAUCACAUAUAAGCAACCUCCAACUUGGCCCAUUUCAUUAUCAAAACCCGAUCAUAAGAAACCAAUUCGCAUCGCUGUAUUGGAUUCUUCUUUUAAUCCACCUACAAAGGCUCAUUUGCAAUUAAUAAUGAAAUCGGUAACUAAUAUACAUUUUCAAAAUAAUCAACCUGUAACGAUACAGAUACCUGAAAAACAACGGCAAAUCAAAGAACAACCAUCCGAAUUCUUUGAUGCCUGUUUAUUACUCUUUGCAAUUAAAAAUGCGGAUAAAAUGGUCACAUCAUCGGAUGCCAGUAUCGUGGAUAGAAUAUCAAUGAUGGAAGCCUUAGCUUCAUAUAUCCGAUCAACUGCGCAAUCUGACUCACUUACAGCUGCUUUACAGAAUUUAGCCGUGGGCGUAACUACGCAUCCAAUAUUUACGGAUAAAGCUCGUGCAAUCCUUACUUCACUGUCAAAAUCUUCCGAUAACCCAUCUCAAUCAUUUUCAUUAUAUUUUAUUAUGGGUUAUGAUACGAUAAUCCGAUUUUUCAAUCCGAAAUAUUAUACGAAUAUGCCAGAAGAACUCGCUUCAUUUUUUGAAACGAAUAGCAUUAUUUGCGCAAAUAGACAGGGUUACGGUGGAGAAGAAGCCGAGGAACAAUUCUUUUGUAGUGAAAUUUUUAAGGAGAUUGUAGGAGGAGGAGAAGAAAGUGGUAAGAAAGUGAUAAGGAUAAAAUUAGAUGAUGAAAUCGCAAAAAUGUCUUCCACAAGAGUUAGGGAAAUCUUAAUCAAUAUGAAGAAUGAAGAAGAGGUUAAAGAACAUCAAGUUAAAAUUCGAAAUGCUUUAUUAGAUUUGUGCCCUGAACCUAUUGUUGAUUUUGUGAUUCAGGAAGGUUUGUAUAGAAAGGUAUGCUGA